UGUAACACCGCAUGAGGAAGAAGGCCAGGCCUGGUGUAUUGUGAUGUUGAAGCUCUCGCCCCCUUCUUCCCCUCACUAUCGUUUCGUCGUCGAUCAUUCCACUCAGCACCCAACUCAAUUCGCAACAUUUCUAACUAUUCCCAGUUUGCAGAUAUCAUUUGUGUUCCGCGAGGAAGUUGCACAUUGGGGUUCAGUUUUUAGGGUUUCGUGUGGAUUGUAUAUACUGCGCAGAGUGUAGAAUUGGACAGCAACAGCAGCAGGUGGAGCAAGAUGGUUGUCGCUGCAUCUAGCAGCGGCACUUCCAAGCAAUUGGAGAAGCUUGAGAAGAGGGUUCACGAGGGGAACUACUAUGAGGCUCAACAAAUGUACAAGACUAUCCACUCCAGAUACAUGCAUGCCAAGAAGUACAACGAGGCUAUUGAACUCUUGAACUCUGGUGCAGUAGCGAUGCUCAAUCAUGGGGAGGUCACGUGUGGGACAGAGCUUGGUGUGCUUUUGAUACAGACUUUCAAUGUAGCAAAAUUACCUUUUGAUAGCUCUACACUGGAUCAAAUAAGAACAAUUUAUAAUGCAUAUCCACGGACUGCUGGUACUCGACAAGAGAAAUCUUCCAGCAAUGACACGAGUAACUUAGGCGUAGAAUCUUCUGAGGCCGCAGUUAUUGCAAAGACCCGUGUGGAGGGAUGCACAUCGUUUCUACGAUCAGCUCUAAAGUGGUCGAUAGAGACCGGAGGCUUUCCUAGAGGUGCUCCUGAGUUGCAUGACAUGCUCGGUGAAUACAUUUGGACUGAAUCUCCCCACCCCGAAACGAUGAAAGCAUCACAACAUUUUGUGCGAGGGAACCAGCCUGAGACAUUCGCUAAAGUAGUGGUUGAGUGCAUGGACAAGUGCUAUCCUGGCGAAGCAGAUUUGGUGGUUGCAAGGGCCGUCUUGUUGUAUUUAUCUCUUGGUAACUUGAGAGAUGCUAAUCGCCUUUGGGAUUCUGUAAGGCAGAGACUUAGCGACAGUUCUCAAGAACUUCCGGAUACACCACUGCUACACUUCAUCAAGUUCCUUCUUUUAACGCUUGAGAGAGAUGCGUUACCGUUGUUCAAGAUGCUUCGGCAAAAGUACAAACCUAGUCUCGAUCGUGAUACUUCUCUUGAUGAGUACUUGGAUGAGAUAGGAGAGCGUUUUUUUAACUUACAACGAAGGAGUGGUGUACAAGGCAUGCUUGGUGAUUUUAUGAGGAUGUUUGCAAUGGACAGCUGAAGCAGCAGUAUGCGAUUAGUCAGUAGAGUGCAGACAGGUUAUCACAAUCUUGACAUCACACAAAGCAUUGUCUUACACCACAAGGAACGAGGUUAUCUUUCAUGCCAGUGCUUUUUCAUGAAAUGAACCAUGGCGUGGGUAUUAUUUCACACCAUUCCGUGAUUGAUUGUACAUU